ACUGCCGGCCUAUUGAGUAUCAUACAAAUCUUCUUGUAAGGCUUCCAAAGUUUAAUCAACAAUUGCUUUUUUUUUUUUUAAUUGAGCUGAAUCUUUUUAUUACCUUGCAGUUCAAUGUGGCACAUGCCCUGGAGAAGGUUAACGAGGGGUUGUUGAUGGCAGCUCAGCUGUCUCUGUCCCUCCCAGUGGACGAUGGCGUUCUCAGACAGACCAAGGAGCUCAUUGAGAGUUUCAACCAGUAUCUUCCCCUACUGGGCAAACUCAGUAGCCCAGUGUUCAAGCAAAAGCACUGGAGAAUCCUCUUCAGAGGUAUGGAGUUGGUGUAUGAGCCUGUAAGUAAUAUGUCAGUAUCAGACCUGCUCUCCAAAAACCUGCUAGAGCACCAGGACUUCAUCAUUGAGAUCUGGCAGGAAGGGAAAGCAGAGUUUGACAUGGAGCAGGUCUUUAGGAAGUUACAGAGGAGAUGGGAAGGAGAGGAGUUCAGAUUGGCCAAUUUCAUCCUGACAGAGUUCCAUAAGGACUUGCCCCCUGACCGCUCCAAGCGACCCCCCAGUGGAAAAUUUCGACAACCAGAGUGGGGGAGACGCUCACGGGACACUGGCACCUUUACAAUUAUUGGUUCAGAGGAUCUCCGGACUCUGAUUGAGGACUGUGUAAUGACGCUCUCUAUCAUGACGUCAUCCCCUUACAUCUCUGAGUUCAGGCAGGAAGUGGAAAACUGGGAGCAGCUGCUUCAGCAAUUGGAGGAGCUGCUGUAUCUGUGGGAAAGAUUCCAACUAAAAUGGGUUUUCCUGAACAGAGUGUUUUAUGAGAUGGAAGUCGGUGUUGAGAAGUCAGAACUGCUUUGCAGAUUCAAACUGGUUGAUGAAAGCUACAAGUCCUUGAUCGAGGAUAUUGCAUAUGACCCACUAGUAAUGUCCAUUGUGAAACAAAGGCUGGGCACAGAAGCACGGGAACGGGUUCGGGGAGAAGAAUUGCGAGCGGUCCUCAAAGAAGGACUGGGCACCUUGGAAGAAAUCUCAGAUCAUCUUGGCUACCUCUUCGAUUCACCCAGGGCUGAAUUUCCUCGACUGUACUUCCUUAGUGAUGGAGAGCUGAUUCAGCUGCUCUCUGCUCAUGUGAGCCCACCCUCACUACUUCCCCUGGUACGCAAGUGUUUCCCAAGCGUGCAAGAGCUGCAGCUUGGGUCCCAUACAAAGCAUCCCCAGAACAGGGCUCGUCUGGAGCUCUAUAGUGUAAAGUUCUAUGUAAGUGGGGUGUGUGGGAGACUGGGAGAGAAGCUAACCUUUAACACCUUACUGGAAUCAAGCAUCAAACCCGUGAACUGGCUGUGUGACCUGGAGCAAAAGAUAAGGGGAACUUUGUAUUGUCUCCUAAUUGAUUGCAUGAUGGAGAGACGGUCACCAAAAGAAGAGAAGGAAUUGGAAACCAAGAACAAGUUUGAAUCUAACGAUCCAGAAAGAUUAAAAAAAAAUUGGUGGGACCUGGCAGCCCGCUUUCCCAUGCAGUGCCUUCUAGUGUCAGAGGAGGUGCUCUGGUGCAAGGAAGUCAGAGAGUGCCUUUUCAGAAAGGCUCCUAUAAAUAAGAGUGGACUUAAAUCUAGGUAUGCUGCCAAACUUCGAGGGUUGAUCUGGAGCAUCCGGAAGCAUUGUGCAGGCUAUAAUGGGACAGAGUCUUUCCGUGUCAUGUCAACACUUAGGGCUUUGGUCUUGCUAAACAUAAAGCACAAUGACAUCCUUGCCAGGCUAUCAGACCAGAAAACUGAAUUAGAAUCAUCCUUUGAGUGGCAGAGGUUGGUAAGGUACUACAUGAGCCCAAAAAAUGUUUCAGACAGUUCAGACCCAGUGAUUUUCAGCUCCCAGGAACAAAGGUGCUAUAUUGAUGUUUUAGGUUUCUGCAUGCCAUAUGGCUAUGAGUAUGUGGGCCCUGAUGGCUGGCUGUUUGUUAACACUCCCAACACUGAAAGAGCAGCGUUAGGCUUGCUACUUGCCUUGAGCAGCUAUGGCUGCAGCUCACUAAUUGGGCCCAGCAGGACAGGCAAAAGUGAAACUGUUGCUCACCUGGGCAAAGCCUUUGGGCAGCAAGUGAUCACUAUGCAUUGCUCUAAGGAGACGAGUCCUAGCAUUGUUCUCCGAAUGCUGAGUGGUGCCAUACAGACUGGAGCCUGGUUGGUACUGGACGCUGUGGAUUUGAUGACACAAGGAGCACUGGGAUGUCUUGGGCAACACCUCUUGGACAUCCGCCACUCCCUGGCUGCACUGCUGAAGUAUCAGCAGAACACAGAUAAAUUCCAGUCCAGUCUUAAGACACAAACAUCACUUGAAGCUGAACUCCAAAGAGACACUGGUGAAGAUUUCUUCUCAGCCCUUCCAUCUCCUAAUAUUUAUGGACUUUCUGUCAGUAGAACAGCUUCAGCUGAGAUUGUUCGAGCCAAGCCUUUUGAGCCCCCUACUUUAGGGGACAUUACUUUCAAUGGAAGACCAAUCUCUGCUAAACUUGGGUAUGGUUGUAUCCUGAUUAUGUCCGGAUUGGUUUCUCAGAUACCAGAAAACCUGCAGGCAGCCACUAGACCCAUCUCCCUGAUUCAGCCAGACUCUAGAGCUAUUGCAGAGGUUUCUCUUGUAGCCCUUGGGUUCACUCAUGCUAAGGCACUGGCAAACAAACUGAUCACUCUUUUUACUCUGGCUCAGGACACCGGCUGUCUGCCCCAUAGCAGUGGCACCUGGCUCCCUGUUCUUAAAAAAAUAAUAUUUUCAGCCAGGAGCCAGUUUUACAAGGAGGAUCAGGUAGAGGGAAUUAAAAAAAAUGGACGUGCUGAAACAAAAAAAAUUAAAUUGGACAAGCCAAUAGGAGAAAAAGAGUUGGAACAACAAAAAGUUACAUCUAUGAAGUUUUCAGAGAACCAAGAGCCAGGAAAGGAGAGUCACAAGAGCCCUAGUUCUUCUGGGUGUUCCAAGUCAGAAAAUCUGCUUCAGACUAUGGAAGAAGAACAAGCCAUUCUUAAGGCAAUUUUUUCUUUUUUGAUGUCAAGCAUGUCAGAUCCCUUGAAAUUAGCUCAGUUCUCUGAGCUAUUAAAAGAAAUCUUCCCGGCUUACAACUGUUGCUUCCCUGAAAUUCUCAAGGCAGAACAACAUGCUCAUUCUGCUUUGCUUGUUUCAGCAGUGAGCCAGGAACUCUGGGAAUCUGGACUGCAUUCUGAUCAACGGGUCAUCGGGAAUAUCAUUGACCUCUACCAUGCACUGCAGUUAACAAGAGCAGUAAUCCUUGUUGGACCUGCAGGCAGUGGGAAGACAACCUCCUAUAGAGCAUUAGCAGGGGCUUUGAGAAGACUGGCAGCUAGUACAGAGGAGAUGGACUGCAAAGAGGAAGCUAGUAAUAAGAUGGACGGCUUGGUUAGUGGACGACCCACCUGGACUUCAGUGGAUACAGCUAUAAUUUUCCCCAGCAGUCUCUCUAUGGAGGAGUUUAUUGGGGUCUUCCAAUCACAAGGGUCAUGGCUGGAUGGAGCACUUACAAAAAUAUUGAAGGACUCGGAAAAAGGGGAUUCUGUCACAAAAGAUUUUAAACAAAAACCCAUGGUUUCCAAAGAGAAAUGGGUGGUGUUGGAUGGAGGGACACUAGCAGAGGGGUGGCUGGAUCCCAUCAGCACUUUGUUGGACACUGAGAACCCAUUCCUCAGCCUUCCCAGUGGAGAGCAAGUGAGGCCGUCUAGAGAAACACUAAAGAUUGUAUUGGAGGUUACAGAGCUGGACGGGGCCUCCCCAUCUGUGAUAACACAAUGUGGAUUAGUGUACCACACUGAAAAGGAUGUGUGGAGGACAAUAUGGAAGGCAGCAGUGGAGGUCCUCACCCAGGAGUACAGUUUGGAUAAACGGACAAAGAGCCUAUGGAGCACACUUGCAGACGAGCUGUUUGCACCUACACUGGCCUUCCUGAAGUGCAGUAGCUGUUCUCCAGUGCUGAUCGAGGGGACUGCGGCUAAACAGGACAAGACAGUGGCGUAUGGCAUGCAGGAAGUUACCUCAUUCAACAGAAUCCUCCGAGCCUUCUUGGAACAGUGCAACUCAGAGAAGGGAACGGGAAAAAGAUUACGACUUGGACACAUAGCCAACAAAGGGAAUGAAGCACAGUCACUUUACCUUGAUGACUCUAGUACCCAAUCCUCCCAGCAUCUACUGGCCAUAAACAUGUUUGUGGUCUCAUAUAUCUGGGGAUUUGGAGGUCACCUGCACCCCAGGUCCUCCUGGGAAGGCCAAUGUCCUCUGCUUCUAGGAGGGGCUGGUCCUUGCCUCUCCGUGUCCUACAAGUCCUUCUACUCCUAA